AACCCUUCGACACGUGAAGCGACAGGGUGGAAAAGCGAGAAGCGAAAGGUCCACGAGGCCGGUCGGAACUCAGGAAGGACUCGGCAAAUCGAGGGAAGACACUCGGCCCGGAGAUCGGUACCGGGAAAAGCCCUCGUCCGUCUUCCAACCGGAAAUCCCCUUUUCCAGUCUCUCGCGUCCCCCUAACGAUAUGAUCCGCUUCAUAUUGCUGCAGAAUCGGCAGGGCAAGACGCGCCUGGCCAAGUACUACGUCCCCCUCGAGGAUUCCGAGAAGCACAAGGUCGAGUACGAGGUCCAUCGGCUUGUGGUUAAUCGGGAUCCCAAGUUCACCAACUUUGUUGAGUUCCGGACGCACAAGAUAAUUUACAGAAGAUAUGCAGGACUCUUCUUUUCAAUGUGUGUUGAUAUCACCGACAAUGAGUUAGCAUAUUUGGAGUGCAUCCAUUUAUUUGUGGAGAUAUUGGAUCAUUUUUUCAGCAAUGUGUGUGAACUAGAUUUGGUAUUUAAUUUUCACAAGGUAUAUCUCAUAUUGGAUGAGUUCAUUCUUGCUGGGGAGCUUCAAGAAACAAGCAAGAAGGCGAUUAUUGAGAGGAUGGGGGAGUUGGAAAAGCAAGAAUGAAAACUGGGUAAGGAGAAGACUGGGAAUUCAUCCUGGAAUUGUUACUGGUAUCCACUGUAUCCUGCAGUCCAGUUCUGGAGCUGGUCAGGCAUUACUGCAUCUAAGAUAAUUGGAGGGGAAACAAACCUAGAAAAAGAGAAGUGUCAUUUGUUCAACAGUUAAUUGAUUUGCGUACCGUGUUGGUUGUGGGCUUGCACGAUUGCUUCAUCACACAUACUGUGUUAUGAUUCUUGCGACCACCGUAUGUGUUAUGAUUUUAGGCUUUAUGGCUGUUUAAUCUGCCGGUCAGAUCAGUAUUGAGUUUAUACGAUAGUGAGAUUUUGAAAAGAAUUGUACAAAGCUUAAGAAGGGUGCUUGAUAGCUACCUUGUUCACGAGUUCAUUUUGUUUGGGUGCAUGUUCAUAAUUGGCAUA